ACGUCGCCUUCUUCCUCCUCCCAAACUCCAAAAUCUUCGCUAGCUUCGCUUCGCUUCGCUUCCAACAAAAUCGAUACUUCCCAGCAACUGCAAGCUACCUCCAUCCAUCAUGUCCGAUCUGCAGCUCGAAGCUGAGGUCCUGGUGGAGCCAGUGCGGAUCAACGGCGCGGCGGCGGAGGCCACGCUCACGGGCGGCGAGCUGGCCUGGAGCCCCGCCGGCGGAGAGGGGCGGCGGCUGGAGCUGGAGUCGGAGGUGCUCGGGUGCCGGGUGGAGGGAAAAAAGCUCAAAGUCUCGACCUUUUCUGCGAGGGGGGACGGCGAGGAGGCGGCAGUGCGGUCGUCGUCCUCGGCGCUGGGCUGCAGCGGCGGGGGCAAAAGGGGAGGGGACGGGAGGAGGAGGAGGGGGGAGGUGGUGGUGGAGAUGGAGAGCGAGGCCGCCGCGGCGCGGUGGGGGGACGCCGUGAGGGAUCGCCUCGCCUCGCUCGGCCGGCCAAAGAGAUUGUUCAUUAUAGUGAACCCUUAUGGUGGGAAGAGAAGUGGACGGAGUAUUUUCCAGAAUGAAGUCCUGCCUCUCAUUGAAGCUGCUGGCAUUCUUUAUACGAUGCAAGAAACCAAGCAUCGCCUUCAUGCUCAAGAGAUUUCCCAUUCACUGGAUCUCAGGAAAUAUGAUGGUAUCAUAUGUGUCAGUGGAGAUGGUAUCCUGGUAGAGGUAGUCAAUGGUCUCCUGCAAAGGGAAGACUGGGAAACAGCAAUAAAAGUGCCACUUGGAAUCAUCCCAGCAGGUACUGGAAAUGGAAUGGCAAAAUCUCUAUUGCACGCUGCUGGCGAAUCAUUCUCUAUAUCUAAUGCCGUGUUUGCAAUAAUCAGAGGUCACAAACGGGCCCUUGAUGUUACUUCUGUUGUCCAGGGAAAGACAAAGUUUUUCAGUGUCCUGAUGCUUACAUGGGGCCUGGUAGCUGAUCUUGAUAUUGAAUCAGAGAAGUAUAGGUGGAUGGGAAGCGCUCGCCUUGACUUUUAUUUCCUGCUCCGCGCGCUGAACCUGCGACGGUAUAAUGGGCGUGUCCUUUUCAUACCAGCCCCAGGAUAUGAACAAUUUGGUGAUCCUGUGGAGCAACCUACCAGUUGUAGAUCCAACGGGGUUAGCAAUGGUGUCGAAGAAGACAAAGCAAAUGACAGUAAUGGUGAAACGUGUGGUUAUGCGGGAGCAUCAAUCCACGAAGGUGAUCUCGAGUGGAGAUCACUGACCGGUCCAUUUGUUUCAGUUUGGCUCGGCAAUGUCCCUUUCGCUAGUGAAGACGCCAUGGCAGCACCACAAGCAAAGUUUGCAGAUGGCUACUUGGAUGCAGCUAUAAUCAGGGACUGCCCGCGGUGGGAUGUUCUUGGGCUGAUGUUCCAGAUGAAGGACGGCGCCUACGUCAAGUCCCCAUACGUGGAGUACUUCAAGGUGAAGGCUAUCCGGAUCGAGCCGGGCCUGCGCGUCGGCAGCAGUACCAAAGGCGGCAUCAUCGACUCCGACGGGGAGGUGAUCGCCAGAGGUGACGGCUCCCACGCCGGCGACGAGCUGGAGCAUCCGAUGGCUUACGGCCCCCCUAUCCAGCUGACCGUCGACCAGGGACUGGCCUCCGUCUUCUCCCCGAGAUGACGACGAUUCUUUCCGUUCUUUCGCCCUGUAGUUUUUAUCCCCUUGACUUCGAACUGUUCUUGCCUCCUCACGUCUGAAGUCACCUGUUAUCUGUAAAUACUCACACCACAAUGCAAGGGCCAGUCUGCCAGGGGCCAGAUCCAGGAUGCAGACCUCUCUUAGCUGGGUACAAUUGAAGUAUUUUAGCACU